CUUAUAGUGAAAGUUGUCAGGAACAAAUGUUUGGAUUUAAAAUUACCAAAAUUUAAAUGUGUAAAUAAGUGUUGUAACUAAUUUAUAAUAAUGGCUAAAGAAGAUGAUUUAAAUGAAAAUAAUGAAUUAGUAUCAUCGAAUUCGUCUGACCUGAAUAAUUCAAUUGUGAAUAAAGUGAAAUCAUUAAUUCCCACAACAUUAUCGAAAUGGUUUGGUAAAAGUCCAUCAGUGUCACGUCGUCGUGAUUCCGAUUCAGAUGAUGAAUCAUUUAUAUUGGAACAACCGCCAACAAAACGUGUUAAACUACCCGACAAUGAAUUAAAUGAAUCAACAAAUUUAAAUUCAUCCAACAUACUUAAUGGAUCACUGAAUAAAUAUCAACCACAAAAUACCGAUUUACAAUUAAAUAAUAUUCGACCGAGACAAUCAUUUCGACAGACAACAUAUUAUACAAAACCAGAAGUAUCAUCACAAAUAAAUUUUUCACGUGAUAAAUCAUCAUUGGAUGAUGAUAUCGCGAUACCUGGUCCAUCCGGAUUGCAGACAAAUCAACUAGUAAACAAUGCAACAGAUCGAAUACUUUUAACACCAAGUAAAACACCAGAAAAAUUAAAUGGAGAAAAGAAAACUGAUAGCGGUGGAUCAACAAGUGGUUGCUCAUCGAUGGCACAUAAACAUACACAAACAUUAGCGGAUAAACCGCCUUUAAUUACACCACCAUCUGAAAAUGAUGUUAACACAGAUAAUUGUUCUAUUAGCUCGAAAAGAACACAAUCUAGUAAUAAAUUUAUUGAUAAAAAUAUCACUAAUAAUUUAACAGCACUUGGAAACUUAUCAACAUCGACACGAAGUUUAUUUUCGGAUCGUUCAUAUAGUCCACGCUUAAAUAGUUCACUAUCGUCACGUCGACCAUCAUUCAACUCUUCCAGUUUCGGUUCGUCAAGUUUAAUUGAUAAUACAUUAACAACUGAACGUAUAUCAAAUUCACCAUUUUAUGCUGGACGAACAAUGUUUGGUGGAGCGGCUGCAUAUCGUAGACAAAAAGAUUCCAGCACACCACCAGCACGUAAUAGUCCGAUACAAAUAAAACCAACAAAUGAAAGUGUUAUGAAAAAUAAUAAUUCAGCUAGUAUGAGUCAAACGGCACGACGAAUUUUAGAUGCUUUAGAACAUUUUAAUACACCUAUUGGAGAUGCUAGAAAAAUUCCACGUUUAAAUAUUUCAUCAAAAAAAUUACAAAAAAAGGGUGAAGAAAGAAAACGAACACCAUAUUCUCGUGACGAGACACCAAAAUCACGAAUACCUACAAAAGAAUUAACAAUACCAACAAUACCCGACAUUUUACAAAUUCAACGGCGUGACAAAUUUGUAGUUCGUAAAAAUGAUACCCGAAACGUAUUACAAAGUCAUAAUAACACUAACAACAAUAGCACUCCACUUCCACCGCCAAUUUCAUUACCGAUAACGACCUUACCAAAGUUUGAAUUAAUGGCACAACCACCUCCACCAUCCGGGGUAGGAACAAAUUAUACAAAACAAAAUGUUGAAGAAAAGAAAUUAUCAAAACCUUUUACUAUCAAGAAUACAAUAUCGAAAAUACUAACUGAUUCACAUACAUUCAAAUUUGCACCGCCAAAGGCAAUAGAUGCGCAAACAACGAUUGAUACAUGCGCAAAAACAUUAAGAUCUAUAAAUAAUUUUAAAUUUAGUCAACCAACAAAUGUCAAAGAUACGACGAUAGACAGUAACGAAAAUUUCAAAUAUCCUAGUACCGAAAAUUACGUGUUAAAAACACGUAAACCAAUUAACGAUAAUUACCUGAAAGAUUCGAAAACAAAACAAGAUGAUCAAUCACUGGAUAAGUUUAAACCAUCAUCGAAUACAUGGGAAUGUGAUUCAUGUAUGAUACGAAAUCAGUUGGAUGCUACCAAAUGUAUAGCAUGCGGAGUACAGCGUGUACAAACGAAUACAACAUCAAAAAUUGAGCGUAAAACAACGGCAGAUAACAAAUGGGAAUGUAAUACAUGCUUAGUACGGAAUAACAAUGCGGAUGAACGAUGUGUGGCGUGUACAGCUUUAAAACCAGGUGCCAGUCAAACUCAAACAACUCAAUCAAGUGGUUUUGGGGUGAAAUUUAAGGCAUCGACAGAUACAUGGGAGUGCACAACCUGUUUGGUACGUAAUAAAAAUGAUCAAAGCAAGUGUGUUGCGUGUACCACACAAAAACCUUCUGAAACUCCGAAAAAUACAUUUGGUACAGCAUUUACGAAAAAAGUUAACGAAUGGGAGUGUCCUAGUUGUAUGGUACGUAAUCCAGAUGGUAAAUUAACGUGUGCCUGUUGUGAAGCACCGAAACCAGGGCAAAAAACCACCCAAAUUAAAUCGAUUGUUUUACCAACAUCAACACCAUUCAAAUUUGGUAUCGAUCAAGCGGAUGUUAAAACGACAACCACAUCGAGUAGUACUCCUUCUAGUGGUUUUGUGUUUGGUAAUACUGAGAAAAAAGAUGUUGGUUUAAAAAAAUCUGAUGAAUGGGAAUGUUCAGCUUGUAUGGUACGAAAUACAAAUGAUAAAUUAUCUUGUGUAUGCUGCGAAACACCAAAAUCCGGCGGUCUUCCAUCGCAAAAGGGUGGAAUCACUUUACCAACAUCAACACCAUUUAAAUUUGGUAUUGAUAAAGUUGAUUCAUCAGCAGCUACGUCAAAUGUUAAAACACCUGGUUUUACAUUUGGUUUAAAAUCUACAAGUCCACAAACUGCUAGUACAGAAAGUAAACCAGAGUUUUCAUUUGGUAUUAAACCCGAUUCGAAAACUAGUGAUUCUGAUAAUAAUCAAAUGAAUUCUGUUAAAUCAAAUGAAUUUGGAUUAUUUAAGGCGAACAGUUCGGUUACAUGUAGUUCAGCUACAACUAUAACAGUAAAUUUUGCCAAAAAUUCAACGGUUACUUUUGGAUCAACGCACAGUUCUCCGAACACUGAGAAUAAAUCUUCUAGUGGCUUUACUACUGAAACAACAUCAUCGUAUGGGAAUAGUUCUAUACCUACAUUUGGUAAAUCACCAAAUUCAUCAUUUGGUAAUGUUUCUAAACCUAAUGCAACAUUUGGUAGUGUAACUAAUGUUACAACAAGUACGCUCUCAUUUGGUUUGAAAGCUACUACUACUAGUUCAACUACACCUAGUUUUGGAAAUAGUGCGACAUCAUCAACUUCAGCUGGUAAUAGUAAUUCAACAUCAACUAGUUUGACAUUUGGUACGACAAAUGUAACUUCACCCGCAUUUGGCAGCACGACGACUGUAACAUCACCAGUAUUUGGUAAUAUGAAAACUGUAACUUCAACUACAUUUGGUAAUACAACAACUGCAACUUCACUUACAUUUGGUAAUACACCAUCUGCAACAUCAUCCACGUUUGGUAAUACAUCAACCUCCACUUCAUCCGCAUUUGGUAAUCAAACUGGCUCCUCACUUGCAUUUGGUAAUACAACUACAACAUCAUCCGCAUUUGGUAAUACAACAACCACAGCUCCGCCUGCAUUUAGUAAUACAAGUACAGCUUCAUCUGCAUUUGGUAAUGCAACAACUACACCUUCAACCGGUUUUGUUAAUACAACAACGACGGCUUCAAUCGGAUUUGGUAAUACAACAACUACAACUUCACUCACAUUUGGUAAUACGUCAACUAUAACGUCACCCGCAUUUGGUAAUACUUCAGCAACUCCUACAUUUGGUAGUACCGCAUCGACAACAAUACCAACAUUUGGUAACAAUAGUUUACCGUCAUCAACAUUUACGUUUGGUGACAAACUGCCUGAAAAUAAACCAGCAGCAGUAGCGUUUACCUUUGGUAGCACGGAAUCUUCGGCCACAGCGGCCAAAGUUCCUGCUUUCUCAUUCAAUUCAGGUAAUACCCCAAACUUUGGAACGGGAUUCAAUUCUAAUGAUACUUCAUCAAAACCAAUUGUACCAACAUUUGGUUCAAAUCUGUCGAAUACAAGUAACACAUUUGGAGUGGCAUCACAACAAUCGACAGUGCAAAAUAUUCCUACGAAUCCAUCUUUUGGAGCUGCAGCUCCAGUAUUUGGUUCUUCAACGAAUGCGACGUCCACACCAGCAUUUCAAUUUGGAGCUACAGCUAAUCAACCACAAGCUCCAGUAUUUUCAUUUGGUACCUCUAAUCAGGCUCAAACCAACCAAUUUGGAAAAGGUACCACUGCAAAUAAUUUUGGUGGAUUUGGUAGCAGUCAACAAACAGCUCCAGCUGCACCUAGCAUACCUACUUUUAAUCCGAACACAAAACCCGUAUUUAACUUCACAAGUGGAUCCGCUCCAUCUUUCACGGCGCAACCACCUAGUGGGACAUCUUCAUUGCAACAACCUGGAGUGAAUCCACAACGACGUAUAAAAAAAGCAGUGCGAAGACGUGGAGGUGUACCGUGAUAAUUUCAUAUAUAAUUUAUAAAUUAAUUGCCAGUGUAUGUUUUGUGUGUUAACAAUUCUUGUUAAAGCAGAGUCGACAUUUUGCUUUUCCUAUUCUUGUAAAAAAAAGAAGAAAAUUAAUGAAAAUCAAAAAACAUGGAAAAUGGAAUGUUCACACAUUUAUUUAAAAAAAAAAAAUCGUGUGUGUGCGUAUGUGUGUCAUAUCUAUGUGGCUUUUCAAUUUUGUGUAAAAAAAUACUUUUAAGUGUAGGUAUUAAAAUAAUUAAUAUUAGUCCAAUUAAUAAAAGUCUUAAAAUUUUAUUUAGGCGCACAAAAAACUACGCUUAGGUUUGUUGUUUUUUUCAUCAAUAAGUAUGUUUCAUUUAGUCAUUCUAAACAUUAUGGGUCUAUGGUAUUUGAGUUUUAUCAGAACAGCUGAAAAUUUGUGAGAUUUUUGUCUCAUUAAGUUGAGAUUUCUCUUGGAAAUUUUGUAAUUGUGCGGCAAGUUUAAAUUGAUAAAUAUUAAUUAAGAAACGGAAAUAAAUAAAUUAAAAAUGCUAACUUCAGUUUGUCCAAAACAUGAAAGAACGAAUUGGAAUUUUUAAGUUUUAAAUUUUACUUUGGUGAGUGUCGGGCAAAAUAAAUUUUAUUCAUCAAUUAAGCUUUCUGCGUAGUUAAAAAUUUUUUAGGUCGUCUGAAAAAAAGUUCCCUGCUCUGUAAAUUUUCGAAAAAGUUGAAAGGUAUGCUAACUCUCUUGGCGAUACUCUCUUUUUCUAGUCGUUACACUAAAACUUAGUCACUGGCUGCAAUCCGUUCCGAUUCAUGUUUAUCUAGAAAUAAACAGGCCAAACGUUCCAAAAAACCGGUUUAUUGUAUUUUUUUGAAUGGCAAACUCAAGCAUAAAUAACUGUACAAAGAAGAACCCAUUUACAAAACAUUCCUGAUUUUACGUUUAGUUUAGCAACAUUGCUAUGUGUUGAAGAUAUGGCAUGUCAAAAACUAAUUUUAUUAAAUAAUGAUAUUAUUGGAAUUUAGAACCAAAUUUUUUUUUGACAAGAAUGAAAAUAUCAUACAUGAGUUUCGGUGACGUCAUAAUGUAAAUUAAGAAUUGUAUUAUUCAACUGUACUAUUCAAUUAAUAUU